GGCCAGGGGCGGCCCCACACCCGGGUGCGAACAGCCCGGGGCCCCGAGCCUCGCGUGCAGACACUUUAUCCUGAAGCCUCCGAAUGUUCACGCACCAAUCUGCAGAGGGUCAUGUUCUUGGUUUGAGGAGCCUGCGGGAUAUAAGGCGCCAGGCGGGCAGGGGCUCGGUCCACACCAGGGUCUGGAGGAGCGAUGGUCACUCGGGAUCGAGCCGAGAAUAGGGACGGCCCCAAGAUGCUGAAGCCGCUGGUGGAGAAGCGGCGCCGGGACCGCAUCAACCGCAGCCUGGAAGAGCUGAGGCUGCUGCUGCUGGAGCGGACCCGGGACCAGAACCUUCGGAACCCGAAGCUGGAGAAAGCAGAGAUACUGGAGUUCGCCGUGGGCUACUUGAGGGAGCGAAGCCGGGUGGAGCCCCCGGGGGUUCCCCAGUCCCCAGCCCAGGACGCCGAGGCGCUCGCCAGCUGCUACUUGUCCGGCUUCCGCGAGUGCCUGCUCCGCCUGGCGGCCUUCAAGUCCAAUGCGCUAUCCAUUGCGCCACAGAGCCACCUGGCGGGCGGCGGCGUCUGA